ACUUCUCCUUCUCUUUUUCUUCUUCUCUCACCACUUUUUCAUCCUCUUGCACUGUGCUUUUGCCAUUCCUUAAGGUAAUCCAUAACCACACCUUCCCUCUUGCCUCUUUCGUUCAUUUCUCACUUAUAGUUAAUGGAAGUUGUAGAGGCAAAAUCUUCAUCUGGGUAUGGUAAGCCUCCUUGGGUAUUUAGAGGCAGUGCCUGGUAUCAACUCCAUCUUGUGAAAGCAGAGAAAGCUCGAGCAUGCAUUCCAAAAGAAUUCAAAUUGGUUGAAGCUUUUGGAUACACACUUGGUGGCUUCUUUCUAGCAAGUUAUGAGGAUAGUCCAGUUGGUGCCUUUGAUGAGCUAGUCGUGAUUGCAGGACUUGUAUGGAACCGCCCGACAUCCUGUGCAUGGGCAACGACGGUGUACGUGAACAGUGAUGAGGCUUGUUAUCACGGAAGAAAGGAAGUGGGGCUUCCAAGUCAGAUGGCUAGGUUUUCCAAGACGAUUACAGCAAUCUCAAGACAACAGAGAGACAAAAGGAGUGGAUUUUUAAAUAUGAUUAGAAUUGGUGCCAAGUUCAGCAACCCAAAGGAUCACGUGAAUGUUGAAGUAACCAAAAUCGAUUGUCCUGAUGCAGAAUAUACUUGCAACAUCAGUCUCACAAGUGCUGUUUCCCCUCUAAUUGCAAUUGACUAUAUCAGUAAGGCUUUAAUGAUUACAAGCAUGUUGAUAGCAGUGCCUCCUUUGAGCUUUAACCGCUGGAUGGGGCCAACAAUCAGAAUGUCACUUCCAAGUUUUAGUGGUGGUACCGAGUAUAAUCCUAACCUCCUCAAGUACUCUUGCCAGAUUGAAUGCAGGGUGCAAGCAGUGCAGCCAUUGAAGGUUUCAGGAGAAUUCCCUAUAACAAAUGAUGACAGAGAACAAUCUUUAGAAGGCCAUGAAGACAGUAGCAAUGUGGCUAAAGAUCAUAACAAUGACACAGAGAAUUUCAGCACCUGUGUGAUGUUAUCAAAACCCAUAUUAGCACUCAAGUUUAAUCAAAUGAAGAUGCAGGUUGAGGCUCCUGUUGUACUUUCCCAAUGCUCAAAUUCUUUAGAAACUGCGGUCGGUUCUGUUCCAUAAGAAGCACACUUUUACUAAUACAGAAAUGAAUACUUGUUUAGUUUUUAAGCAGUAUCUGUUGGGUUUUAAACGUUAUUUAGAAUAAAUGAAAAUAGAAAAUGAAGAGUUUGUGGUGAAAGGGUGUGUCCCUUAGGAAUAUGUUAGUGGACAUUAAUGAGUUUAAUGUUUUUAAGAAGCAGUCAUUAUUAUGUUUGGAUUUCCUAAGUUGGUCAUUAGUAUUCAUAAUCAUUUGCUAUUGUUUAUAAAUAGCUCAUUGUAACUCUUGUAAAGUGGCUUGGUAGA